CCAGCUAUCCUGUAUUUUUUGCACUGAAAGCCAACGAGGAUCAUUGUUUACAUUUUUAAGCAUUCACAGUAUGUGCAUUCCUGCGGUACCUUUCACUUCUUUCACAUCCCUGCAGCCUUGGCGGAUAGGAUGUGCAUUUCAAACUUUGGGCCUUUGGUAGCCAAAUGGUUGAUCAUUCAUGCGUCCAAAAUUUUAACUGCAACCUCUUUAUGAGCAUAAUAUUUCAAGGGGCUCAUCUUCAUGUGUUUCCCUGAACUCUCUUCUCUCGACCAACCUCAUGGAUCAAUCUCACAUAAUCUUGCAGAUUCAUCCAUCCACAAAUAUUUAAUUAACUUCAGCUCCACCACACCAUUAUGGCAAAUAUCGGUUACAUGGGGAGAGGCAGCCCUCAUGACCGAAUAACCGAACUACCUGAAGUGCUCAAACUGCACAUUCUCUCCCUACUGUCCCGAAAGGACGCUGUCAGGACUGGCAUGCUCUCAACCCAAUGGAAAGACCUUUGGAAACGCCGCUUCCCGUACCAAACUGUACUCGAGUUUGGCACAAUCUACGUGAGUGAAGACGUUCAAGCACAAUUCGUGAGACAGGUAAAUGACUUCUUGGUACAUUAUGGUAACAGAAGAAUCGAGACAUUCCAUCUCUAUUUUAAUCCCGGCGACCGCUUCGAACGUAAUGUUAUAAGCUGGAUAGAGCUAGCAGUAUUAUGUGGUGUUGAAGAGUUCUAUCUCAACUUCUCUCAAGGGCUUACUUCUUGCCACCCAGAUGGCCGAUUAGAGUACAGAAGAAGAAGGCCUGAACUGAAGGAGAAAAUUUUUAAGGACAACUGCCUUACUGUUCUGAAUUUGCAUUACUGUAGACUUAACCGACGGUUCAGAUUUGAGCACUUUCCCUUUCUUGAGAUCUUGGAACUACAUGGAGUUAAUAUCAAUGAGAGUAUGCUGGAAAGGGCUGUUUUGUGUUGUCCUUUUCUUUCAAAGUUGGAUCUGAGCGAGUGCAUGACGCUGAUGGCUAUUAAAAUUUCAGGGGGGCCACAGCUGCGGCUUAAGUACCUUAGGGUUGUUCGAUGUUGGAAUGUCGAUUUAAUUGAGAUAUCGGCCCCGAAGCUUGAGGUGUUCCAUUUGUUCAGCAGAUUCCCGCGUAUGUAUCUGCUCUAUGAUAUCUCAUCCUUGGCUGAUGUUGUCUUAUAUUCAACUGUUGAACAAUAUUGGUUUCACCCAAAUAAUUGGUUUGAGACUCUCAGCACAUUUAACCAUGUUCGGGUUCUAACUCUUUGCAACAAGGCUAUUCAGCAUAUGUUUGGACCUGGAAUGUUCGCAACAGUUGCGCUGCCUAGCGUUCGAGUACUUGAUCUAUCGAUGCCACAGCUUGACGACCAUGAUGUCAUGAACAUCUAUAGGUUCUUUAGACAAUGCUAUCUCCCUCGCCUGGAUAAGCUAUUGAUGCAGCUCCCAAACUCUCAAACUGAUCCAGUGUUGCAGCAAUUCAAUUUUGACGCAAGUCGUGAGGACUCGCCAGAUAUCCCUUAUAUGGGCUUGCGGGUCAUAACAAUAAGCAGUUUCGAAGGCCGGAUGCAUCACAUAAUGCUCCUGCAGUUCCUUUUGUCUAGGGCAAUUGCCCUUCGGCAAGUCUCUAUAGUUCUCCCUCAUGACCUUCUUUUGUACUCAAACCCUCACCGAAUCAUCAAUGCUGUUGCUGAGCUUCUGAGGAGAUCGAGGGCCGCCGGUACUGCAACAAACCUUCUGCUCUAUCCUUCACAGGGUCGCCUUGCUUACUUCCCCCUCAGUGUAAACUACUAGAGAUCUUUUUAAGAGUUGAUUUGUAAAUAAGGAGUAAUGCCAGUGCGCUGGAAUGAGCACAUGGACCAAUCAACGCAAGCCAUGAGUAAUUGCCGGUGCAUUAGUCGUCUUUGAGGAAUCGGUAUCCAUAAGUACUAUUAUGAACUCCUAUGUUUAUGUGAAAAAUGAAGUUUUAUGUGUGGUGAGUAAUAUGUUAUGCCUAAAUGAAGUUGUGGACAUUACAGUAUAA